AUGAAUCAACUUCCGCCUGAGCUUAUUGCAUAUAUCUGCCGAUGCCUAUACUUUCGAAAGGACUACGCCAAUCUCCGUCUCACCAGCAAGGACAUGAGACGCAAGUGCGGCAUAGAAAGGAACGAACGCCGUACCCUUUUUUCCCGAUUUCUAGCGGAAGAGGCCUGGGAAUUUAACCACGCAAGCCAAUGGAUGUAUAAUCAUGCGAUAGAAAAGCCAACGUCUACAAUUCUCCUCUUUAAAUCCGUUCUUCCUCAGAGACCUAGAGAAGCAUCUGCUCUUGGUGCAAAACUUGCUUUUGCACUGGCUCGAAAUAAUCAGCAAAAUGAUGCAAUAGAAAUAAUAGAGACCAUCUGGCGGUGUCGGACCAAGGGUAGCUAUAUCCACCGCGACGUCGUUGGACCAGCGCUACAGCUUGCAGCGCUGUACGAGCAGACUGGUCGGCCAGAGGACGCAAUAGAGAUCUUGGAGGCCAUCUGGCAAGAUCAAACCCAGCUUAGCAAGGUUCGCUCCGACGUAGUCACACUAGCGCUACAAGUUGCAGUGCUAUACGAGCGGAGCGGGCGGUUCGUGAAUGCAAUAGAAAUAUUGUGGGAAUAA